CUACCACCAGCAAAAAGAAGAGAGAAAGGCAGUAAAAGCAACAGCAUUGUUACUGGUUAAUCCAACAGAGGAAAUGGAAAUACCAAAUGCUAAAGAGUUCUUCAUUAUUGUAACUGGCUCCACCUACCGUCCACGUGGUUCAUGAUGGAGGCUACAAAGCAGAAAUCUCACAAGAAGCGACAAGCUGGCACCAAAGCUAUAAAAAAGAAGAAAAGGGACAAGAAGGGGAAGGAAAACGAGGAAGCAGAGGAUCAAAGAAACCCCAAGGCUUUCACUUAUCGUAGCGCCAUCAGAGCAGCCAGAUCAAAAAGGAGGACACUAGACAUCAAUGAAAAGAGGAACCGUCUCCCCCAGGUGGACAGGACUCCAAUUGAACCUCCUCCAGUACUAAUAGCUGUAGUAGGACCACCUAAAGUUGGGAAGACGACACUAAUCAAUGGACUAGUGAAGCACUUCACUCAUCACACUGUGUCCAAGAACCAGGGACCAGUCACUCUAGUGUCAGGUAAAAAGAGACGGAUCACAUUUAUUGAGUGCAAUAAUGACAUCAAUUCAAUGAUUGACAUAGCAAAAGUCGUAGACCUUGUAUUGCUGCUUGUUGAUGCCAGUUUUGGUUUUGAGAUGGAAACGUUUGAGUUCUUAAAUAUCCUACAGACCCACGGGUUCCCUCGUGUGAUGGGAGUACUGACACACCUUGACAUGAUGAAAAAGAAUAAAAACUUAAGGAGACUCAAAAAGAAACUCAAACAAAGAUUUUGGACAGAGAUAUAUCAGGGUGCGAAACUUUUCUAUCUGUCCAACAUUCGUCAUGAUCACUACAUGAAGAAUGAGUUGCAUAAUCUUGGUCGGUUUAUAUCAGUCACAAAGUUCAAACCACUAGACUGGCAGUCAUCGCAUCCUUACCUCAUUGCUGACAGGAUGGAGGAUCUCACAUCUCCUGAUUCAAUUAAAGAGGAUCCAUUGUGCAACCGAACCAUCUCAUUGUAUGGAUAUGUGCGUGGAACUAACAUGAAAUCCAGCUCCUAUGUUCACAUACCAGGUUGUGGUGAUUUUAAAAUGGCCAACCUUUCAGUCCUGCCUGACCCUUGCCCUCUUCCUGAGAAAGAAAAGAAGAGAUCACUUGAUGAGAGGGAGAGACUCAUUUAUGCUCCAAUGGCCGGCAUAGGAGGUGUGGUCUAUGACAAGGAUGCAGUAUACAUUGAAUUAGGUGGGAGUCAUUCCAUGAGUAAGAACACACCCACCAGUGAGAUCAUUCACUCGCUAAUGAAUACUGGUGAAUUAUUGGACAGUAAGAUGAAGGACUCACGACUGCAACUGGUGACCAACUCAAAAGUCCCACUGGUUGGAGCCGAGGAAGAGGAGAGAAAGAGAAGGAGAGUUACUUUUGAAGGAGAGGAAGAGAGCGAGACUGAUGGGAGCGAAGAUGAAGAAACAAAUGAAAUCAUAGAGAGUGAUGGAGAAGAUACUAGUGGCAUAGAAACUGACACUGAAGAAUCUAAUAAUGGAGAGAGUGACCAUGAAGAGAGUGACCAUGAAGAGAGUGACCAUGAAGAAAGCGAUGAAGUUGAAAGUGAUGAUAAUGAAGAUAUUGAUGAUGAAGAUAUUGAGAGUAAUGAUGGAGAAGAUUUUAAAGAUGAGACGGGUCUUAAGUGGAAGGAGAACUUGUUACAAAAAGCGGCUGCUUCUUUCAUGAGGAGCAGGAAAGUUUCACUCCAGAAGCUCAUAUACAGCAAUGACUCGGAAAGAAAAGAAGGAGAGAGUGACGAUCCAGGGAAAGAAGAACUAGGAGGAAUGUUUGUGACUCGGAAAUCGGUCAACGAUUCGCACUAUCACCAGAUCGACUCUUCUGUCACCGACUUACCUCUUAGUCAGGACUGGUGCGAUGGGGAGGCUGUUUCUGUUGCUAAGGAUUACUUUGUUACUGGUAGUUGGGGUGAUCUUGAUGCUCAAGCACUGCUGGAUGAAGAUGAGGAGCUUUAUGGGGACUUUGAGGAUUAUGAGACCGGACUGAAGACUGAAGGAGACGUAGAGGAGGGGGAGGAGGAGGAGGAGGAGGGGGAGAGAGAGAGGGAGAGGAAGAAGAGAGAGCUAAAGAAAGCUUUUGAUGUUCAGUACGAUAAUAAAGAUGAAGAGGUAACUUACUAUGAUGAGAUGAAGGAGAUAAUGGCUGAGCGAGCCAAGAGAAACAGACAAGAAUUUGAGAGUCUCCCCCCAGAGCAGAGACAGGACUAUAUAGGUGUACAACCAGGGGCUUAUGUCCGCCUAGAGAUACCAAACAUACCUUGCGAGUUUGUCCAACACUUUGAUCCAUCCUAUCCCAUAAUAGUCGGCAGUCUACUACCUGGGGAAGAGAAGUUGGGUUACGUCCGCGUUAGAAUGAAGCGUCAUCGCUGGUACAAGAAGAUUUUAAAGUCACACGACCCCCUGAUUGUGUCUAUGGGAUGGCGUAGGUUCCAGACCCUGUGUGUGUAUUCAGUGGAAGAUCACAAUGGGAGGAGACGAAUGCUCAAGUAUACUCCAGAGCAUAUUCACUGCAUGGCUUCUUUUUAUGGUCCUGUGACCACACCCAAUACUGGAGUCCUUGCUAUACAGUCUAUCAAUAAUAACAUCAACACUUCAGAUUUUCGAGUGGCAGCCACUGGGCUUGUAUUGGAGAUGGAGAAGUCAACCAGUAUAGUUAAGAAACUAAAGCUGACCGGAGUCCCUUACAAGAUAUUCAAGAACACCGCCUUUAUCAAAGGGAUGUUUAAUACUCCUCUCGAAUGUGCUAAAUUUCAAGGGGCAUUAAUUAGAACAGUCAGUGGGAUAAGGGGACAAGUGAAAAAGAAUCUCUCAUCACCGGAAGGAGCUUUUAGAGCCACAUUUGAAGACAAGCUUCUAGCAAGUGAUAUAGUAUUUCUCUCAACGUGGGUCCCUGUGGAGAUACCUCGUUACUACAACCCAGUCACAUCUCUUCUUUCCUCCGAUAAGACCCUCUGGGACGGCAUGAGGACAGUCGGACGCAUGCGAUAUGAAGAGGGUCUGAAAGCUCCUUUAAAGAAGGACUCUCUCUACAAGGAGCAGGUGAGAGGACCUCGUAAAUUCAAUCCUUUAAAAAUACCGAAAUCACUCGAGAAAGAGCUCCCGUUUAAAUCACGCCCGAAACUUUUCGCAAAGAGAAAAAAGAAGAGUCUUGCGGCUAAGAGAGCUGUUGUUUUGGAGCCUGAGGAGAAACGAGUGCGUACAUUGAUGCAACAACUGACAACUAUUCAUAGAGAAAAGGCAAAGAAGAAGCUAAUGAAGCAUAGGGAGGAUAUUAAUAAACACAUUGCAAAGAAGAAAGUAGAGGAAGAGAGGAAAUUGCGAAGCACACGAGAGUUGCGGAAGAGGUUUUACGUUGAGGUUGGUUACGAAGAGAAGAGAAGAGCAAAGAAAUCAAAAACUUCUUGAAACCUUAUAUUAUUGUUAUUAUUAUUAUUAUUAUUAUUAUUGUAUUAUUUAAUAAAGUGAAGAUAUUUUGAGUUAUGGGGAUUAUAUAAGUAAAUAACUUUAAAUUUGCUUUCGCUUUGUGAACAUUUGAUAGGUUUUAUUUAAAUAGAUUUAUUCAAUUAAAAAA